CACCCUGCAUUUUAACGUUAGUUUAACAUAUAAAACGUUUUAAUUAAGUUGUUGCGUGUUAGCCUACACUGCAUGCUAAUUUUGAAUAAUACAUAUUUGUUUACGGUGCAGUUUCUGCGAAGACUAAACUAACAGUGCGCACAGGUACCCUAGGGCAGGUAACAGAAAAAUUGUGUCAAUAUGGGCGACAACCCUGACUUUGAUGAUGAAGAAAUUAAAGAAGAUAAAAAUUGUCUGGAUCUGGGAAAAACGAACCCUUCCAAAUCCGUGGACUUGGAGGAACAAAUCGAAUGCACGAGCAUCCCGAAUGUGAACAAGGACAAUACAACUACUACGCAUUUAUACAAAAGGAGAUGGGUGAUGGUGUUCCUUUUCAGCUCUUAUUCCCUGUGCAACGCAUUUCAAUGGAUCCAAUACGGAAUAAUUAACAAUAUUUUUAUGAAAUUCUACAAUGUGGACUCUUUUGCCAUCGAUUGGAUGUCAAUGAUCUAUAUGUUGACCUAUAUUCCCUUUAUAUGGCCUGUAUCCUGGCUUUUGGACAAAAAGGGACUGCGGCUCAUAGCACUGAUGGCCGCCGCCAUUAAUUGCCUUGGGACAUGGAUCAAGGUGGCCAGCGUCAAGCAAAACCUAUUUUGGGUGACCAUGCUUGGACAAUUCGCAGGCUCCCUAUCACAAGUAUUCAUCCUUGGGAUGCCUUCCCGCCUAGCAUCGGUUUGGUUUGGCUCUGAAGAGGUGUCCACCGCCUGUUCCAUCGGCGUAUUUGGGAAUCAGUUGGGCAUUGCCAUUGGCUUCCUGGUGCCGCCCAUCCUCGUGCCAAAUGCUGACGAUAUGGACGAUCUGGCAUACCACAUCAGCAUCAUGUUCUACAUCACUGCUGGAAUGGCCACCGUGAUCUUCAUCCUCGUAGUCUUCGUGUUCCAAGAGAAGCCGGAAAUCCCUCCCACCCUGGCUCAGGUCCAGGCCAGGAGCACCCCUCUAGAAGAGUACUCCUACAUGGCCUCUAUCCUGAGACUGCUGCGUAACCUACCCUUCAUGCUCCUCGUCAUCAGUUAUGGGCUGAAUGUCGGUUGUUUCUAUGCUGUUUCCACACUGCUGAACCGGAUGAUUAUUGAGCAUUAUCCAGGUGAAGAGGUGAAUGCUGGGAGAAUUGGCCUCACCAUUGUCAUUGCCGGGAUGGUGGGGUCCCUCAUAUGUGGGAUCUGGUUGGACAAGACCAAAACCUACAAACAGACUACCCUGGCUGUGUAUCUCAUGUCCUUCGUGGGAAUGGUGGUCUAUGCCUUCACUCUGAACUCAGGCCACCUAUGGGUGGUGUUUGUGACAUCAGGGGCUCUAGGGUUCUUCAUGACUGGGUACCUGCCACUUGGCUUUGAGUUUGCUGUGGAGUUGACCUUCCCAGAGGGUGAGGGCACCUCCUCAGGCCUGCUCAACUGUUCAGCUCAGAUAUUUGGGAUCAUAUUCACCAUCGGUCAAGGGAAGAUCAUAGACCACUUUGGCACAUUCGCUGGGAACAUCUUUUUAUGUGUCUUCCUCCUCAUAGGGACCAUUAUGACAGCAUUCAUCAAGUCUGACCUCCGACGGCAAAAGGCCAACCGUCUGGCUGAGAAUCAGGUGGCGAGUGCUGCAGGCCCGUCUCGGGUACAGGACUACGGGGCCACAGCACCCAGCAGCCCUCAGGAGCAGCAGUCCUGACACUAAUCUCACUAAAACCCAAACACACACCUGCCAAGAAACAGGCAGGUCACCCACAGGAAGGCCUCUCACAGCAAGCUACACUGAAGGACAUCAAAGUAUAAGGAGGAAAUCCAGUUGAACGGGUGUGAAAAGAAAGAAAUCCCAUCAUACACUUGGAAUCACACAGGUUCUCCCUCUACAGCAAAUUACUCGUCAGAAGAUAACUGGUUUGAUUAUCAAGCACAACCAAGGGUAUUUCAAUUUUUUUGUGCUGAUAUUUCAUAUUUAACUGUCACUUUUUGAGAGUACACUAUGAAAUGUUAAUAUUUUCAUUUGGUUUCUCUAGCUUUAAAUGUCUGCAAUCUAAAUAUUAUAAAUGUUGAUGUCUGUGCAUUUUGAUAUGAGCAAUAUUCAAACUGUGCUUUUUGUUUCCUGACAUUUGACCAAUACCAUACUGGAACAGAAAGCAUUAAUGUAACUGUUCUAUUUUUGGAAUUUGUUAACGUUAGUUAAAAUUAGACUACAGAUUCAGUGGUUUCAGUUGAAUGGCAGUCUGUUCAGAGGGCCGAUCCAGUCAAGCCAACUCACCUAGUGGCUUAACAGGAUUUUGAGAUUGCUAUCUGCCAUAUAGUAUUACAAGGAGAUAAUUGUGAGUAAAUCAAAUCAAAUCAAAUUUGAUUUGUUACAAGACCUUAACCAACAAUGCAGUUUUAAGAAAAAUAAAAUAAAUAAAAAUAAAUAAAUAAAAGUAACAAGUACUGCUGAUAAUGGUGAAUAUGGUUGAUACUGUGCAUCUGAGUAUGUCUCGUAAGGACUCAACCUCUUUAACCACAUUCUUAGGGACUAUUCUAUUUAAUAGUUAUCUGCAUUGACUUGUUAAAUAGCCUUUAAAGGAACACAAUGACAACAGAAUGUGAGCAAAAAAUCAUUAGCGUGGCGAGAGACAAUCCAAUGGACUUUUUGGAAGUAGGCUAGUGUUAUAUUUUCUAAAGUAUAUGAUUCUUUUGACCUGUAGUUUUGUUACUGAGAAACCUUUUUCAUCUGCUUAUUUGACUUGAUGUGUUGCGGUUAGAAGUUGUCCAGUGAUUUUUCUUUUUUAAUGAUUGUGUAAUCUUAUAAGAAGUGUUUUUCACUCAAAUUAUACAGUAUAUUGUUUUGUAUAAUCAUUGUAUAUACAGUACCAGUCAAAAGUUUGG